AUGACGGCAACGACUCAUGAAUUUCAAAAUAGUAUAACCAUGGGAUAUUCAGUAUUAACACCUCUGAAACGUUGGUCUAUGGCAGUCGCCAGGAAAGGAAGGGAUGGUUCUGACAGUACAGAUGGUACGGAUUGUAAUAUGAGUAAUGGGGAUUUUGUUCACGACAGGAAUGUUUGGGAAAUUAUUGGAGAAACUGGAUCUUUAGUAAUGAUACCAAGAAUUUUUAUUGAUGGAAGUGCUUUCUCGUGGGUAGAAUUUCGUUCGAAGGAUUGGAAAGAAAUAUUGAUUGAACAGGAAUUCGUUUCGGAGAGGAGGGUGACGUAG